UCUAAGAAGCAUUUGCGCAAUGUCGAAGCAGUUAUCGAAGGGUUCAAUAGCACCACAUUUGCAGUUUGAAUAUUACUUUGGUGGUGACGUUCUCAUUUUGCAAUGUCUAGGAUUGUAUUCAAUGGGUAGCCUUUUCAAAACUACCGAGCCGAGUUUCAAUUUGUGGGAAUUACCUCCGUUCGUCUGCGGCCUAACUAUAUUAUUCUACGGAGUAAGCGCAGACUUUUUCAAUGUUAUCGUAGAAGCCCGACAAUAUUCCUGGUUUGCUAUUGAGAUUCUGGCAAUUGUUCUCUGUGCUUCGUUGGGAACAUACAAAGGUUAUCGGUUAUGGGUUUAUCGCCGUGAAUUUUAUAACUUCAUCGAGGCCGUUCAUGUCCGUUGGGAUGAGGAAGUCGCCGAAAAUACGAUCACAGAGAGAAUGGUGGAGGCUGCCAAAUCCAUACGUUUGUUCAGAACUUGGUAUGGCACAGUAGUGGCGGCCAUUUUUGGAUCAUAUAUAAUACGUCCAUAUGUGGCAUAUUCUCUCUUCAAAUUAUCGGGAGGGAAUGACACCUUCGAUUUUACACAAACUGUCUAUCCGUCUGUGCAUCCAUUUUUGUUGACUACACCUCAGUCAUUUUUUUGUUACGUUGUGAUGGAGACGAUUGGAGUCAUCUUCUGCACUCUUUACUGGACAGCAGUUGAUGGACUAUUUGCGCAGCUCACAACUCAAUUGGCGAUUCAGUUUCAAAUACUUGCGAAUCGACUUCGUUAUAUACCAACUCCCGAAAUGAUAGGGUCGCACCAUACGGCGAUGGUUGUGCAACGAUUGAAGAAAACCGUACAGGAUUAUUUGAAACUAUUUGAAUAUAUCAACAAAUUGGAAACAAUCUACAAUCCUAUACUAUUGACUACUGUAUUGAUCAACGGUUUGAAUAUUUGCACCUGUCUUUAUAGCCUGCAAUAUAGACUCUCAAAGCAAGAGUGGGCAAUGGCUGGAAAAAUUGUCAUACUCACUACCGGUAUAACGGCACAAACUAUGAUGUUUUGCAUGUGCGCCCAACGUUUGAAUGAUGAGGUCGCUGGAGUUCGCCAGGCGGCCUAUAACUGUUCAUGGACAGAAUUCGAUUCAACAAUAAAAAAUCUACUUUUAUUAAUAAUGAUCCAGACUGAACCAGAAUUCAUAUACGCAGCUUAUGGUUUUGUUUACUUGAAUAAGCCGCAGAUGACAGUGAUCUUCACAGCGGCUAUGCGAUUUUUCACGCUCCUGAGGAACAUGACUUGAAAAAUAGUAUGGAAAUCCGAGCACAAAUCUUGCAAUCUUGUUUUACUUAUGAUGCUAAGCAUGAGUAAAAAUGCCUGAUUAAAAGUCUUUUGAUUGUGGUCAAUUUCGAAGAUUACAUUUCUACCUAGGCAUCCACAAUGUUCCCGCAGCUUGACUUCUUUUGUGAACUGAUGGCCUCAGACUACGCUGUCUUCUUGUCAUUAUCCAUUCACAUUAUAUUAUUUACGAUCACCAAUUCAUUUAUUUUGUUCAUUCAUUGCCCAUAUAUAUACUCUCUCCGGUUUUUAGAUUUUCUUCGGUGAGUACGGUGUGGCUCACAUACUCUUUCUUGGCACGUGGAGUGCGAUAUGCAAUUAUCGAUAAAUUUUUUGGGGAAAAAAGUUCAAGGAGGAGAAAUAAUUUCUCUCAGACUGAUUAUCUCGUUGAGUUAUUGAUAAUCAAGAGCACCGCAACAUUUCCAAGAUCUGGUUGAAUAUUUUAUGAUAAACUUAAUAUGCAAAUAUAACGAAGGUCUUAUAAUUAGAAUUAUUAUUGGAUAAAUCAGAGGUAAAAGCAGGUAAUACGCAAUCAAAACUGGCUCGGCGAAGGAGUGAAUGUUUUUGUCUUUUCUCCAGGCCAUGAAAUCCGCAAAACAUUGCUCAUAUUUGAUAUAUAGCCAUUUCGUAUCCUUGCGCAAAUAACGGGACAACAAAGUGCUUAGCUCGUAUAUAUGUCACAUAUUGAUCAUCAAAAACAUGAAUAUAUUUUGUUUUUUUUUUGCUGAUUAUAAAAAUUGAGGAUGACAAAAUACCGCUGAAUGCAUGUCUCCAUCUUAAGUUCAAGUUGAAGAAAGGUUCUAAGUUGCCAAGUCUUUUAUGCGAAAAAAAUAUGUAUUACUUAGUUCAUGAAUGAACAAACUUUAUAAAAAAUGGAAGCUGUUGCUCCGGCGAACAUCGAGGCUUAGCAACGUUUCAUUGGGUUAGUGUCACCUCUAGAAGGACAAAUAAAACAAACGAAAGAUGGCCCGGUGAAGGGAUUUUGGCCAGGUAUAACCUGGAGAACAUCCGUUAUUAAUUGGCGGGUGAAUCAUGGCAAGGGGAAAAUCUUGAUCAUCACUGGAUAUUA